AUAUAAUAUUUUUAAUUAAGUUCAUAUUUAAUUAUUUAUAUAAUUUCUUUUUGAAUUGAAAUCAUGAAAAAGUUAUUUGUUGAGCGUUAAAAGUUUAAAGACAAUGGGUGAAGCAUUAUGACUGACCUAUCACUGCUACAAACCUUUGGUCAGAGUUUCCCUGAGGAGUUUGAUGGAAGUUUGGAUUCAAUAAGUGCAGCGUUAACAUGCUCUUUUAAUCGAACGGGUUCAUUACUUGCUGUUGGAUGCAAUGAUGGCCGAUUAGUUAUUUGGGAUUUUUUGACUCGUGGGAUAGCAAAGGUUUUGGUGGCACAUGUCCAUCCUGUUUCAUCUGUCAGUUGGAGUCGUAAUGGUAAAAAAAUUUUAACAUCUUCAACUGAUUGGAAUGUUGGGUUAUGGGAUGUCUUGUCAGGUGAUUGUGAAGUGCGCUAUCGCUUUCCUUCGGCUGUUCAAAAAGUACAAUUUCACCCACGUGACAACAAUAAAUUCUUGGUUUGCCCAAUAAAACAUCCACCUGUGUUAAUUGAAGUUGAUGGAAAGCAACAUAUUCUCCCUGUCGGAGAAGAGUGCGAGCAAAAUAUUGAAGCUUCAUUUGAUAAAAGAGGAGAUUACAUAUUUACUGGGAAUGCGAAAGGAAAGAUAACUGUUAUUGAAACAAAUACACUACAGAUCAAAACUUCAUAUAGAAUAAGCACAGCUACAAAUGCAAAUACUGCAAUAAAAUCAAUUGAAUUUGCAAGACGAGGAAACUCGUUUUUGGUAAACUCGCAAGAUCGUGUAAUCCGAGUAUUUGAUCGAGAUGCUGUCAUUGCCUGUAAAGAUGGACAGGAACCUGAGCCUACACAAAAACUUCAAGAUCUUGUUAACAGAACAUUGUGGAAAAAAUGUGCUUUCUCUGGCGAUGGAGAGUUUAUUGUAGCAGGAUCAUCAAGACAACAUGCUUUGUAUAUAUGGGAAAGAAGUAUUGGCAGUUUAGUGAAAAUAUUACAUGGAACAAAAGGAGAGUUGCUUGUAAAUGUUGUGUGGCAUCCAAUCAGACCAAUAAUAUGUUCUGUUGCAAAUGGACUUGUUUCAAUAUGGUCACAAACUCAUGUAGAAAAUUGGUCUGCAUUUGCUCCUGAUUUCAAAGAACUUGAUGAGAAUAUUGAAUACGAGGAAAGAGAAAGUGAAUUUGAUCUCACAGAUGAAGAUAAGGAAGAAUUAAAUAACUUGAAUAAUGAACAACAUGAAGAAGUUGAGAUUGAUGUCAUAUCAAUUGACAAACCUGUAUAUUACAGCAGUGAUGACGAUGAUGAUGAAGACAGUUUACUUUAUUUACCUGUUGCACCAGAUAUUGAUGAACCUGAAAGUGAUUUGUUGCCAGGAGGUGAGCAGUUGACAUCAAUGAAAAGGAGUUCAAUUUCAGACUUACCUGAGACGAAUGAACCUUCUUUAAAGAAAGCCAAGGUCACAGAUGUUUCUAUAAAUGGAGAUAUUUAUGACUACAAGAAUGUUGAAGCAGAGAGAUUUAUUGAAAAACCUAAACCAAAAGCACCUAAUUCAACGAGGAGUAAGCGAGGCGGUAAAAAGUCAAGUCUGGGUAAAAAUAGAAAAAUCUCUCCUUUGGGUGCGGAUAUCGAUGACGAAAUUUCUCAAGAUGGUUCAGAAAAACAAGCCGAGUUAACUGCUUAACAGAAAAUCAUUUAUAAGUAGUUCAUAUAAAAAAAACUUAUAAUAAAUUUAAGUUUUGAGUUAAAACUUAAAUUUAAGAAUAAAAAAAAGUCAUUUUUUACUGACGAGAGAAAUAUUCUCAAAACUUCUAUUAAAAGAAGUUACUUGCCUCCAUUAAGUGAAAAUAACAAGGACUUUAAAUAUAUUUUUCUUUUUCUAAAAAAUACAUUUUUAUAAAGUGAUAUAAAGUAUUUAUGUAUUUAUUAUACAGUAACAUAAUUAUACAAUAGUAUAUAAACGUGUAAAUGUCCAAAAA